CUUUGCAAAGGAACUAAACGGUAAACCAAUGAGUGACAUUCUCUGUCUCUGAAGAACUGACACUACAAACAACAAAACCAAAAUGUUACUAUAAAUUGUACAAAAAAACCUUGGUUUUGUUUUAAAAUCUCAAAUAAUUCAAUUACGCACGCAAAACUUCCUGAAAAGUGAUAUAUAAUUUAAUAUGAUUUUAGGGCCAAUUUGCCGUACGGGGCUCUCUCGUGCGAAGUGUUUGUAUACAUAUACUACCAGGCGUACUUUUGCUUUGAAAAACGAAGAUGUUGUAAAAUCCUUGCAAAAAUAUUUGAAUGUCACUGAAAGUGCAGCUCAAUACUUGUGUAUCAAACAUUCAUACAUUAGUAAGUUGGAUGAUUCUAAAAUAAAAGAUGUAAUUGAUGGUAUAUAUCACCUGGGAUUCCGGAAAGAAGAUCUUGUAUCACAUCCUAUACUGUUCCUUUUACACCCUGUUACUUUAAAGUUUAGGUAUAAAGUUUUACAAGAAUGUGGAUUUUCUAAUAUAAAACCCACUCAUAUUGUUUCAUAUUUAAACAUAGUUAAACGAAAAACUAUAAAUGAAUUAAAAGAGAGUGGUGAUAUAUAUACGAUUAUAAAUUUGGAAAAUAGACUUGCUAGUUUCAUGACUCAGUGGCCUACUUCACUAACUAAUGUUAUUGAUGGAGAUAUUGGUGAAUGUUCACUUUAUUCCCUGAGGAUUAGGAUAAUUGGGAGAUAUCUUGAACUUGUUCUUGAUCUCGCUGAAGAUGAAUUCAAUAGAGGAUUGAAAACAUAUCCUACUAUAAAACAUCGUCCACUAGGGGCCAUCAAUGAAACAAUUAGUAUCUUGCAAUCACAGAUAAUGAUGCCCGCUCAUAAAAUAAAAUCAAAUUUAUAUUUACUUCAACUUGACCCUGACAAUUUAAAAGAUAUUAUUGUCAACUUUAGGUCUAUUGGAGGAAUUGAUAUAAAAGAAGUUAUAAGAAUGCACCCUAAGAUAGCAAUGAAGAACUGCAGCAUUCUCUUUGAAAUCAGGAAGGUAUUACAAGAUUUUGGUAUCAGUAAUGAAGCACAAAGAAGAUGUUUUGACAUAUAUACACUUGGACCAAACACAAUACGAGAGAGAAUAGAAUAUGCAAAAACCAUACCUGAAUUUAUAACAUUCUACCAUCAUCCUAGGUUUUUGAAAAUGAUUCACUAUAAGAAAACAGCAAUAGAGAGACUACAACAUUUAUAUGGUAACAACAAAAAGUGUGUGAGUUUAAAUAUUCUAUCAGGUAGUGCAGCUCAUUUUGAAGUAUUUGAAAAAUCACCUGGAGAUAGACUAGGGAAAGGUAAAGAUCUGGUGUUUUAUGUUUCUCAGUCAUUAGGCAAGGAAUACCUUAAAAGUGAUAUCCAUAGAAUGCUAAAGAGACAUCCUUUUUGGAUUAAUAUACCAUUAGUCCAAGUAAAAUAUGUAUAUGAAAGAUUAAGUAAAGAUUUCAGCAAUAAAGAUAUAUUUGAAAAUUGUCCUAUUGUAUUAUACCCAUGGAGUAAAAUCAAAGAAGCCAUUGAUUACCUUAAUACUUCUCAUUCUAUAACCACGCAUCUUCAUGAUAAUUUGGACUUAAUGAAACUAAGUCAAUCACAAAAAUUGAGUAUAGUUUUGUACUACCUAGAAAAAAAUCACUAUUUUUCUGGAAAUGGAGUGUGGGGUGAAGAAAAAUCUAAUAAAGUUAUUGUGGAUAAACCACAUUUACAGGAUUUGAAAAAUGUACAUAUGGUACAGUGUGUUUAGUUACUUUUUAAUUGUUGAAUAAAUUAUUAUCAUUUGUUAAAAAGA